CAGCACCAGAUAGAUUCAAGAUUCUCAACUACUAAAGCGAUCGAAGAAAGGAACUAAAAACCAAACCAGUGUCUCACUCUCACCCCAGAAACUCAUUGUUGUGUGGCACAACAAACUUCACCAAUGAUGAAAGCCCUCACAAGCUCUUGUUCUAAGGCCAUGGUCGAGACUCUAGGACCCUUCUCUCCCAGAGUUCCCCUUUGUGUUUCUGAUAGACCAGAAUUCUGCUUCACCAUUCGUUCCAAAAAUGAGAAAAAGGGAUGGAAUUUAUUGCUCCUGAAACUGGUUCGAAACAAUGAUCUUUACCCUGUUCAUGCAGUGCCACCAAAGGACCAGGUGGACUUGGAAACUGUGGAGCCUCAGGCUCAACAGAGUGAACAAACAAAUGAAUCAAAGUUUGUUCGUGUAUCGUUCCAGUUACAAAAGACUUGUAAUUUUGGUGAACAGUUUCUUAUAGUUGGAGGUGGUCCUGUGCUUGGUUCAUGGGACCCUUUAGAGGCAUUACCCAUGACAUGGUCUGAAGGACAUGUAUGGGCUGUGGAGCUGGAUAUGCCUGCUGGACAAACAUUCCAGUAUAAGUUCAUACUGAAAGGAGAAGGGGGGGAUAUUAUUUGGCAGCCAGGGUUGGAUCGAUUGAUCCACACUUGGGAAACUAAGAAUAGAAUAGUUGUUCUCGAAGAUUGGGAGAAUGUAGAACUUCAGAAAAUAACAGAGGAAGAUCAACUUGCCGAGCCAAAUGAGGAACCCCAGGAGUUUAUACAAUUUGAAGAUCAAGAUAUGUCACAAGUGGGUAAAUCUCAACUAAAUAUCAUCCCAAUCUUGAUGUUUUGCAAUAUUGGAAGGACAAUCAAGCUCAGUUUCCAGAUCUUUCACUAUUGGCUUGUGAUAUUUUAAGCAUCCAAAUUACAACGGUGGCUUCC